AUGCUCGGUCAGUUUGCCAUCGUGAAGCGUUGCUGGGAGAAGAGCACCGGUCUGGAGUUCGCUGCUAAGUUCAUCAAGAAACGUCAGAGCAGAUCCAGCCGGCGGGGGGUCAGGAGGGAGGAGAUAGAGAGAGAGGUCAACAUCCUACAGCAGACACAACACCCCAACAUAGUCACCUUCCACGACGUCUACGAGAACCGUACUGACGUGGUGCUCAUCCUGGAGCUGGUGUCAGGGGGAGAGCUGUUUGACUUCCUGGCCCAGAAGGAGUCUCUGAGUGAAGAGGAGGCGACUCAGUUUAUCAAACAGAUUCUGGAGGGGGUCCACUACCUCCACUCUAGGAAGAUAGCACACUUUGACCUCAAGCCUGAAAACAUCAUGCUGUUGGAUAAGAACGUGCCAUUGCCAAGGAUCAAACUAAUCGAUUUCGGACUCGCUCACAAAAUCGAGGCGGGGGCAGAGUUUAAAAACAUUUUUGGGACUCCUGAAUUUGUGGCCCCAGAGAUAGUGAACUACGAACCACUGGGACUGGAGGCAGAUAUGUGGAGUAUAGGAGUCAUCACCUACAUCCUGCUGAGUGGAGCGUCUCCCUUCCUGGGAGAGACUAAACAGGACACGCUGGCCAACAUCUCAGCCAUGAACUACGAGUUUGACGAGGAGUUCUUCUGUAGAACCAGUGAACUGGCCAAAAGCUUCAUACGGCAGCUACUGGAGAGGGACAAGAUGAAGAGAUUAACUAUUCAAGACGCCCUCAACCAUCCCUGGAUCAAGUCUAAUGAGUACAAGGACGAGACUCCCAGCACCAAGACGCCGGACCAAACCAAGACCCCCAAGAAGCGCGAGCGCCGCCAGCUGAAGACCAAACGUCUCAAGGAGUACACCAUGAAGUCUCACUCCUCCAUGCCCCCCAACAACACCUAUGUGAACUUCGAACGCUUCGCCCAGGUAGUGGAGGACAUCGGCCAGAUGGAAGGCUCCUUCUCUAGGCUAGCCUCGACCCACGACUCCCUGCAGGAGGACAUCGACGCCUUGGUCUCCGUCUACAACCACAAGGAGUCCUGGUACAAGGAGGAGAGCGAGGGGGUCCGUCACCAGCUGUCUCAGAUCCGCUAUGAGUUCCGUAAAGUGGAGGCGAUGAAGAGAAGCCUGCAGGAUGAGAUGAAGGUGGUGGAUGUUAGCGUCAGUGACGUCAGCGCCCGCUACCAGGAGAGGAAGAGCCGCUUUGACGCCCUGAGACAGGAGCUGAGCGAUGACCUGAAGUGGGUUCAGGACGUGGUGGGGUCGUUAGGGGUCACGGACGGGGUCGGUGGGGUCGGAGGAGGGGGGUACCUCAACUGUAACUUCUCCACUGUGUUUAAUAAUGACGUGAAUGAGGCACUGAAGGAAAUGCUUAACAGAAGCUGUGGAGGAGAUCUGCUGUCUGGGAUCAGCCUGAACCUCACUGAGUCUGGACUGAAGAGAUAG